UCAUAAACGUGUGUGGAUCGAGGUGAAUGUACGAGACCCCUACUACAAAAUUAUCCCAGCUGACUCGACUCUGAUCUGCAAAGUAAUCAUUCUGAUUCUAGAGACGAUUUUGGAUCUUCUUAGCUAUAAUUUCCACAACCUUAACACUCAACAUGCCUGGAUUCCAGAGAAUGACCAGCCCCUCAGGCCACUGGCCAGAUAACGUCGGCAUCGCCGCCCUUGAGAUCUACUUCCCCUCUCAGUAUGUGGACCAGACUGAGCUGGAGACGUUUGAUGGGGCCUCGGCGGGCAAGUACACCAUCGGUCUUGGGCAAGGCAAGAUGGGGUUCUGCUCCGAUCGGGAGGACAUCAACUCCCUCUGUUUGACGGUCGUUCAGAACCUGAUGGAGAAUAACCAGAUUCCAUUUGAUGCCAUUGGAAGACUAGAGGUUGGUACCGAGACGAUUAUCGACAAGUCCAAGAGCGUCAAGACGGUGCUGAUGCAGCUGUUUGAAGAUUCUGGUAACACAGACCUGGAAGGAAUCGAUACCACCAAUGCUUGUUAUGGAGGCACCGCCGCACUCUUCAAUGCACUCUCAUGGGUAGAGUCCAGUGCUUGGGAUGGUCGUUAUGCCCUCGUUGUUGCAGGUGACAUUGCCGUCUACGCCACUGGCAAUGCUAGACCAACAGGGGGCGCCGGAGCUGUCGCCAUGCUGGUCGGUCCACAUGCUCCGCUGGUUAUUGAAAGAGGUCUUCGAAGCACACACAUGCAGCAUGUGUACGACUUCUACAAGCCUGACAUGUCUUCAGAAUACCCACGUGUGGAUGGGAAGCUCUCCAUCCAGUGCUACCUCGGUGCCCUAGACAAAUGCUACGAGCGUUACAUCGCAAAGGCAGAGGCUGCACUGCAGAAGGUCGGUGAAGCAGGCAGGAUCACGGUAGAUUCCUUCGAUGGGAUGUGCUUCCAUUCCCCCUUCUGCAAGCUGGUCCAGAAGUCUCUGGCCAGGCUCGUACUCAACGACUUCCUCCACGAUCCUUCACCGGACACCUCAGAGGGCAGCAGAUAUGCCAGCGUAGAAGCCUUCAGGGAUGUGAAAUUAAAAGACACCUUCUUUGACAAGAACGUCGAGAAGGCAUUCAUGACUGCAAGCAAGGAGGUGUAUCAACAGAAGACUCACCCGUCCCUCCGUCUAGCUAACCAAGUAGGCAAUAUGUACACCCCCUCUCUCUACGGUGGACUGGUCUCUUACAUAGCAAGUGUACCUCUCGACGAAUUGCCGAACAAGCGUAUCGCCCUCUUCUCCUACGGUUCUGGCAUGGCCUCGUCGCUCUACUCGAUACGUGUGGUCAAGGAUGCCAGCCCUGGCUCUCCCCUGGCCAAGGUGAGGAACAGCCUCAACGACCUGGAGGCUAGGCUGGAGAGUAGACGAUGUGUCAAACCAGGAGUCUUUGCAGAUACCAUGAAGCUCAGGGAGGACACACAUCAUUUAGCUAAAUACACACCCCAGGGUAGUAUAGAGGACCUGUUCCCCGGCACGUGGUACCUGACCUACGUAGACGAGAUGCAGCGAAGACAGUACAACCGUAGCUCGGUGUCGCAGCAGCAGGCUGUAGAUAGCCAACAGAUCAUCCAGGUAAUACAGCCAAUCGACUCUUCCUAGGGCUUGGCAAAUCCAAGGAGACGUUAAAGGAGUCUAAAUCGGUGGAAGACAUGGAGACAGCUGAGCAGGUCACUGUAAGCUAGGUCCAAACUCCUGGUCAACAAGGCUAAACCCCGUUGCUAGGGAGAUAUGACGGUAUUUCAAAGAAUAUCUGAUCCAAUCCUGGCAACAAGCCUGUAAAUCGUCUUACGUAUUAGUUGUUGGAGCCCCCGGGGUAUCGGGUAGUAAAAGAGAACAAAAUUUGCGAAAAUAUCUGGCUCUUAUUUCAGAUGGACGUUGUCAUUUUGAUUUCACAAGAUUCAGGCAUCGUGAUUAUGCAAUAACGAUUAUCAAGGAGAGAAAGAUUCAUUAGGUUCAGUCGUCAUUAAUCACCCACCCUUGCACAUAUUUUUUCUACACUUUAGAACUGCCAGAUGUUUGUUUCGUAAUGCGCAAGAUUAUUUCAUAUUUUGCCUCAUCAGUAUUAUGCAAGGCCACAGUACAAAGAAUUCCUAUUUAUCCUAUGAUAUGGCUGUGGAUUACAUUUGUCGCAAAGUGAGCUUUAAAUUAUAUGUAUAUAUGCACUAGCGUGGAGGCUACCCAAAUCACAUGAUGAUUGUAAUAAUAGUCACGUGUACGGCGCUUAAUGCUACGUUUUUAAACGCUAUACAUUGUAAUUAUCAUUACCCUGGUCAUUGGAUGCAAUUGCUAAUUCGCCCAUGAUAGUGUGCAUGCCCCGCUCCCUGGGGAGUAUGAUUGGGGGUUAUUCAAUGUAAUGGGGCACCUCUGUAUAUGAGUAAGAAGAUAGGGAGAGAAUGAUGGAUGUAGCAAUUCACCCUUAUUGCACCCUCUAAAGAUGGAAUUAAAAGUAAGAGGAGACUCUCUCUAAUGCUUUUGAUUUAUUGUGUAAUUCACCCUUAGAAAGGAUCGUCCAUAGGCUAUAAGCCUGAAAGGCUGGAUUUCAAUAUGAGGCUGUGAUUGUGUGUUUAUGAUGAUAAAAUCAUAUAGUAUGAAAAAAACAUGUACAUUCUAUAAAAUAUAAAAGCUUUAAAAUAUGUAAUUGUGAGGUGCUGGUGAGUGUACACAACAAGUGUGAUGAACCUUGAUUUAGAAGGAGUUUGAUUUUGUAAAAAGAAAACAAAUGUACCAAGAAAUGAAUCAUCAUUCAAAUAUUAUUUGUCGUCCAAAGAAUACAGGGUCACAACUACGAAUUUAAGACUUCCUAUGCUGCUGCAACUGUAUUGAAAAUAUGUGUACUCUAAAGCUUGUCCCAGUGGCCACCUCUCUAUAAAGGACAACUGUUUAUUUUUGUCAGUUGUAGAUUUUAUUGCUGUGGAAAUAGAGAGAACAGAGAAAGAUAGGGUAUAUCAAAUGUGUUGAAACAUCAAUUUUUUUCAUUAUUUAAAUAGUAUGGAGCCCAGAUUUAACAUCAGUACAGUGCACUAAAUUAAUAUUGAUAAAAUAUGUCCUGUGAGGAAUUUAAAUUUGGUAUAGAAGUUAUUUUAAAAAUGCAGAAAGUUGUUUAGUGUGCAUGUAGGUAGCAGGAAGACAUUCCCAAAUGAUGUACCCAAUCGCAUGUCCUUAUUAUCAUAUGAUUCCUAUAGCGGUCAAAUCUCUCAUUCAGAUACUUUUUGUUCAGCCAUUUACCUAAAAAAUGUUUCUCAUAUGGCAUGCAUCUAUUGCUUGACUGCAAUUAACAUGUACAUGUAUGACUUCUUGUCAUAUUUAACAAGGCUUUGCCCUUACUAGAUACAUGUAUUUCAUAUUUUUUUCAGGGCCAUGUAUGUAAACUUUUUGCAUAAUUUACAUCUUGUGUGUGCAUUUGGACAUUAUGAUAUUUUUGAUUGGACAAAACAUGAUAAUGAAACAGGACCAUAAAUACAACUUUUUUUAAACAUUGCUUGUAUGUAUGUAUGUAUUUGCAAUGUUGCUGCCACUUUGUACCAAUAUUGUUUUGUAAUGAUGUGGAGCGCAAGGAGUGUCAAGUCUGAAGUCACUAUUAUUAUUAUUAUUCAAAUGUUUCAUUUCCAUCAUAUCUUCAAAUGCCAUGGUUACCAAAUCAAGCAUUUCAAGGUGUGUUUUUUAGCUGUCUGUUCUGUGUUGUAAUACUUUAAGCAUAAAGCUCAUAGGAAUGUAUGAAUAUUAUUUCUGAGCAAAUAAAUGUAUUUGUAUUUUGGUGGAUGUUAAUAUAAUUUUAUAAAUCAAGAUUCAGGGUACACUUCUAUUUUGUUUGCGUAAUGCCUUACAUUUAACAGUUUUCUUUGCCUUACUUCAUUUAUUUGACUAUAUUUUUGUUAUAUUCAAUUUCAUGAAAGUAAUGUGCUUUUAUUUUAAGCAUCAUUACUAACCUCUAGAUGGAUGACCAGCUUUUGAGUUGGAACACCCAAAGAGAAAACAGAUAGGAUUUGAUUUGGUGAAUUCAAAAUGGCUAACUGCUUGAUUUAUAGGGAACCCCAAUUUGUGAGGUAUACCAGUUAUAUCAAAAUAUUUACCUGAAGGAGUUGGGAGAAAUAAACAAAAUACUGUUGUAGGGUCACAUUUAUGCACAGUCCUUACUCAUUUGGAUGCAUUUGAAGAAUUGUAUUAAGCAUUAACUUUCCACACUCUGAGAAAUUUGAAAUAUGUGCAUGCAUUCAAUAUAUGAAAUGCCCAUAUCUAUGCAGGGUAGGAUAAAACAAACAAACAAAUAAGAAAACAUACAAACUUCGUCGCCUGGCUGGCAGAAGGGCGUUAGCUUGAAUUUCAGGUCAAUAGUGAAACUUUAAGCAGAAGGGCAUUAGCACUAAAUCGCCUCAAACUUUUAUAAAACUGACUUAUUUCCGAGAAAAAAAUUGUGGCCCUGUUCUACUACAACAUUUUUAUUAGUCUUUUAUGUUUUAAAUCAAUUUUCGGGACGGAAAGCAGUUCGAAUAUAAAACAAAUCUUUAGAUAAGAAUAAUUUGACAAGUAGUUUUCGAGUCGCUCGCGCGCUAACGCCCUUCUGCCACCCGGCCGACGACUUAUGAACAAGUAAACUACAUCGUACCAGCAUAUUUCUGAAAGUUAUAUACCGGUAUGUAUUAUGAAUAGAAAAUUGUUUUCUGAUACACUGAAUCUAUGCCUGUUAGUUCAAUAUCAUGGCCACAAAAAUGUACCCUCUUUGGCUUCACUUUCAUAGAAAUAAUUUGUUUCUUCUAUACCUUGAAUACAUGACAGUAAUGAUUGUAUUUGAUUCUGAAUAUAAUACUUAUUUUGAAAAUGUCUGUAUUUGUGCUGCAGGUACAUAAGUGAUUGUCCAUGCGAGAUGUCGCAUGUGUGAAGAAGUGGAAUUCAAGGCAGUUGUUUGCUUAUUCUUUCUAAAUCACUUAAAAAAUGGUUCUUUGCUUGAUUAACAUUCUCAAUGCUUUUUUUGUGUGCCACAAAGCAAUCCCCAAAUGCUGCAAAAUGUGUUUGUCUCGAAAUAGAUACCGGUAAUGGUAUUGCAUAUUCUUUGUAUAUGCUACAUCUGUAUCAGUGUAUGUUCCCUUACUCGUACUAUGCAUAGUAUAUAUGUCAUUGUCAAGUCAUUUCAUUGUAUCUGAUGUGGCCAUCAUAUGCAGUCUGUUGAAAAUCAUGUCAGAUAUUCAUUUUGAAAACCAAGUAUUAGAAUUCUACUCCAAGGCUCUGUCCAAGGCUUCUGGAAUUGUGAUAAAGUGUCCAAUUAGAGUGUGUGAUUGCAAAAUAUUGAUGAAUAGCCUGUAAAAACAGCUAUACAAGACAUCAUUUUGUUUAUAUGUAUGUACUGCUUGAAAUCAGACCUUGCAAUGAAUUUAUGUAGCAAACCAUAAGCCCACAAUGUUGAUAUUAACCUGCAACAAAUUGUAUUGAGUAAUGCUGUAAAAGAUUAGAUUUUGUCUUGCAAAUUAGAUAUUAAAAUGUAUGCUAGCAUUUUUAUGUGGAAAGUAUGCAACUAGCUUCACUACUGGUAUAUCCAAAUAAUAAUUGUGUAUUUCAUUUGAUUUGUCAAAUGUAUUGUGAAUAUCAUUCAAAAUAAAUGAAUAUAUGAGUAAAAAUAAAA